AUGACGUUUGUAUUGUUGAAUACUGAAUCCAAGUUCAUUGAACUAGUGCUUUAUAUCUCACUCUUUGUUGGGGUGUUCAAGUUAACUACUUUUCUUUUAAGUUUGUUCUCCUUGAUCGCUGAUGUGUUCAUCUUACCACCUGUCAAUUUUAAAAAAUACGGAGCUAAAAAAAAUACGUGGGCUAUUGUCACUGGUGCAUCAGAUGGAAUUGGCAAGGAGUACUCAAAGCUGUUAGCUAAGAAAGGGUUCAAUUUGGUUUUGGUUUCGAGGACACAACAAAAGUUGGAGUUAUUAGCUACCGAAAUUGAGACCUCAUUCAAGGUACAAACUAAAGUCGUUGCAUUUGAUGCUUCAGCAGAUGAGACGUCAAACUAUGAGCUCUUAUCAGAAUCUAUUUCACAACUCCCUGUGACUAUUCUUGUCAACAACGUCGGCCAAUCUCAUUCGAUCCCAGUUCCAUUCUUGGAAACAGAGGAUAAGGAAUUGAGGGACAUUAUUACCAUCAAUAAUACUGCUACGCUUAAAAUAACACAGGUAGUGGCACCCUUGAUUUCUCAGACCGUCGCAAAGGAUAAAACUCUUCGUGGUUUGAUCUUGACGAUGGGUUCCUUUGGUGGAUUGCUCCCAACUCCUUACUUGGCUACGUAUUCCGGAUCAAAGGCAUUUUUACAAGCCUGGUCAGCUGCAUUGGCCGGAGAAUUGGCAUCUCAAAGAAUUGAUGUUGAGUUGGUCAUUUCCUAUUUGGUCGUUUCUGCUAUGUCGAAAAUUAGACGUUCCUCUGCAGCCAUUCCUAGUCCUCAAAAUUUUGUGGCUUCGGUGUUGAAAUCAGUUGGUCGCCGUGGUGGCGCUCAGGAGAGGUAUGCUACAAGUACCCCAUUCUGGUCACACGCUCUUAUGCACUUUGGAAUCGAGAAUACUGUCGGUGUAUAUUCGAAGUUGGCCAACAAAUUAAAUUUCAAUAUGCACAAGAGCAUUCGUAUUAGAGCUUUGAAAAAGAAAGCUAGGUCAGCAAAAACCGAUUAA